AUGUCACUCCUCUUCGAUCCGGGUUUUGUGAUACUUCGAGAGGACCAGAGUGUCAAACUCUUCAACAUCAUUCUCGUGAUGUCACAAGUUUUUGGAGGAAUGGCUGUUCUUCUAGUGACAAUCUGGAUGAGCAAAUUCGAGAGUGGAUUCGCGUGGAGUGAGGAUCCAGACAAGGAAUUCAACUACCAUCCAACGUUCAUGGUGAUGGGCAUGGUGUUCCUUUAUGGAGAGUCCAUUCUCGUCUACCGUGUUUUCCGGAACGAACGAAAAAAGUUCAGCAAAACUCUCCACGUCAUCCUUCAUUCCAUUGUUCUUGUCUUCAUGUUAACCGCCUUGAAAGCCGUUUUCGACUAUCACAAUCUCCACAAAGAUGCAUCUGGAAAUCCAGCUCCAAUUGUGAAUAUGGUAUCUCUUCAUUCGUGGAUCGGAUUAACUGUCGCCAUCCUCUUCUGCACUCAAUACGCCGUCGGAUUCAUCACCUAUUUCUUCCCAGGAAUGCCUAUUCCGAUCCGUCAGCUUGUAAUGCCAUUCCAUCAAAUGUUUGGAGUCCUCAUCUUCAUCUUCGUCUCGAUCACUGUCGCAAUGGGAAUCUCGGAGCGUGCCGCUUGGAAGCAUACUUGCUGGACCAAGGAAGGACAAAUGUGUGCUCAACAAGCUGUCUCCUCUUUCGUCGGCGUUUUCACAUUCCUCUACUCCGUUUGUGUUCUUCUCCUCGUUUUGAACCCACGCUGGAAGCGUCAACCACUCCCAGAAGAGGAAGGUCUUCACCAUCUGACUUCCAGUCACUCUAUGACGGAUUGA